AAUGAGGGUUUUCUGGCUUAACGACUGUUCAUACUUAGUGAGCUAAAACUAAUGAUAACACGUAGAUGAUACGACCAAAAGAAAUCGAAUUAGUAUCUAGUGUCUAGACCAAUACUUUACAUAUGUGUUAUGUCGAUUAUCUAGGUAUAGUUGAGAGACGUUUAUUGGUAACUAAAAUUUAGACAAGAUUUCAACUUCUUCUCUGAACAUUUUAUUGACAUUUUACUUAAUGGUUUUAAAGAUAUUUUCAUAAUUUGCGAAACUUAAAUGACAAUUAUUCUGCAGAGUUUUAUGUGAAGAGAAGAGUUGCUACGUGUAAUAAUAAGGGUAUAUGAAUUUGGUCUUAAAUAAAAAUCGAUUUAUACUAAUAAUGGAAUGUGAGGUGAAGAGUGCAUAUUAAUUAACGUUAGUAAUACUUGAAAAACUUUCCAUCUACGUUUUGCAGAACAAAUCCACUCUUUGUUUCAUUGAUAUAUCUGAAUGGUCCUUUCUAGAUCAUUCAAAGGAGUUUUAACAGAAUCAAUCAGAUUAAGAGCAUGUCUUUGUAAACACCUUCUUCACAAAGAGAUAACAAAUACACGAUGGACAUCUCAUCCUAAUUUCAUAAGGAGCACUGACGUUCACCUUGUAUAUCUUUUUCACUAUAUCAGGAGACAAAUGUUUUCGAUAUACUUCCCAGCGUAAUCGAUUACAAUGUCUGUGGUUAAAAACUGGUGGACAAAAAAUGAUGCUACAACUGUGAAAAAGCAUACAUCUUCAGAUAUACAGCCUAUUGGGGCAUUUUUACAACAGAAGUUUUCUCGUGGAGUUGACUAUAAUUUAAAAAUUGUGAUACGUGGUGAUCGCAAUGUUGGCAAAUCGACAUUGCUUUCCCGUUUGAAAGGUGAACAAUUUAAGGAGGAAUAUAUUCCAUCCAAUGAAAUUCAGUUAGCAAAUAUUCACUGGAAUCAUAAAAAUUCUCAAAGUGUAAUCAAAGUGGAAGUUUGGGAUGUAGUUGAUAAAGGCAAACCAAGGAACACUUCAAAAGGCUUGAAAUUUUUUAGUAAAUUAACAAAUAAUAAUCAAACUAGCGGAAAUAUCACCGGUGAAUCCGCGAAAAUUGAGCCAUGUCUAGAUGCCAGUUUCAUUAAUGUCUACAAAGGUGCACACGGUGUCAUCCUGAUGAUGGACAUGACAAAACCGUGGACGUUUGAUUAUGUUUGCCGAGAACUUGUUCAAAUUCCUGCAAAACUACCCGUAUUAAUUAUGUCCAAUUUUUAUGAUAUGCAUGAAAAUCGUAAAAUCACCGAAGAACAAGUUCGUGUGUUUCUUGAUACUGUAGAGGUGAAUGGCAACUAUUCAGUAUCGAUAAAUGGCAUUAAAAAUUCUAUAAUUGAACCUGUUGUUGACACUGAGGGAUACAGUGUGCAAAAUAUCAGUUCAACUCGUCGUUCCAUCCCUGUACAAUAUUGUGAAUCGUCAAUGAAAACCGGUUUAGGUUUAAUGUAUGUGUACAAAUUCUUGAACUUACCCUUUCUAUGCUUACAACGUGAUGUUCUACAUUAUCAACUGAAACGUAAUCAUAGUGAAAUGAUGAAUUGUCUGUAUGAAUUAAGUCCAAAGGGAGGUGAAACACCAGAACAACGUUUUAGUUACAUGGAUUCAUCUGAAGCAAAAGCAACUGGUUGUUCUGCAUCGUCUUCUGUCUCGAGAAAUAUCACUUCUCCUAUUUCUUCCUUUCCUCCUUCUUCUUCUUCCUCUGCUUCUUCUUCGUCCACUUUUCAUCCUGCAUCUUCGCAUGCGAUAAAUAAUGAUGUUGUCAGUAUUCCUACAUUCCAGUUGGCCAAAACAAUGGAAACAAUAAAUUCCUUGAAACUGUCUAAUGCUAACAACAGUAAUAGUAUUAAUAAUACUAUACCUAUGAAAAUUAAUCACAAUGAAGUGAAGUCUAAUGAAUCUAGCAAAACGGAACAAAAUCCUAUGGUUAUUGGAUUCAGUGAAGAUGUAGACCCAGCAGAUAUUGAGAUUUAUUACUGUAAUGAUGAUUCAGAGUCAUCUUUAACAUCGUAUACAUACAUUCAUCAAUGUGAUGACUUUCAUGAUGACAAUGAAGAGAACGGUUGUACUGCUUCCGCUAAUCCUUUGAACAAAGAUUUAUCCCAUGCAGUAGUCAGUCAGUUACAAUUAAAUCAGCUUGAGGGACAGACUGAUUCUAUGAAUACAUCUAAUCGGCAUAUACUAUUGGAGUCUGAAAAAGAUUUAAUAACGAAUUCUGGACUGGAACAAUCGAGAACAAAAUCUAAAAAAGGCUCUAUAAAAGAAGAAGAACAACAACAACAAGAAAAUAAAUCGACACCAGUGUCAGGGAACAAUGCCUUAUCAGUAUUCAGUGAAAAUAUAACCAUGCUACCUACUGACAGUGAUGCUUUGGAAAAAUUUCUUGAAGAUACUUAACAAGGUAGCUAGCUGUGUUACACGUUCACUUCACCAGCUGUAUUCGUGAAUUUGCUUGUCAGUUGUCGUUGUUGUUCGUCUUUUUUUGUUCCUUGGUUUACAUUCUCUGACACAGGCUGAUGAUCAACAUUCCUCACUGAUGAUUAAAGCUUCGGUGCUACACUCCUACAGACAAGGGAAAUUUUGUAUAAACUUGACUUAAUUAUUCCAAGGUGUUAAUGUUUUCUUCUCUUUUCUGUGAACAACAACACCAACAACUACAUAUAUGAAACUGUAAACUUUUGUAACACCUUUGUUUAUAAGUGUUGAAAAAAAGAAGUCAGAUGUUUAAUAAACGUUGUUCAGCG